AUCUGUGGAGCACUAUUCCGUAUGCCUGAGUCGCGCAAUCGAAGACUUUGAUGCUCGGACCUGGUUGUCUCUCGAACACGCAAACCUAGAAUCCGCGUCUCGAUUCCGUGUACCGUCUCGAUUCCGUGUACCGUCUCGAUUCCGUGUACCCGUCUCGAUUCCGUGUACCGUCUCACUUUUGUCCCUUUCCGACUGGGGCUAGAAGGACACGCUCUCUGCUAGCUUUCCUCACGCAAGCGAACCUAGACCGCGACUAUGGUGGCGUUUUGCGCGACCGCAUUUCCAGCUGAAUCAAGCCUUCCGCAAUAGGAAUGGCCGACUCGUCGGGUUCCGAAAGCCGCCCCCCACUCGACGCCUCGAACGACGCCAUGGAGGCUCUGGACGCACCCGGCUCUCAGCCGCCAGACCUUCAGUGCUGUUGUGGGAGGGACGGUUGUGUCUUUUUGAGACACAAUUGCUCUGUGCUACAGAGCGUCGAACGCGAUGUGCACACGGCGGCAAAAAUGGGCCAGACGUUGCUUGCCCGCCACGAAGCCUACAUGGCAUCCGUCGAACGCGACCGCGUCGAGCUCGCAAGCCGUAUCGAGCAACUAGAACAGGACAACGCCGACCUCGAAGCCCGCAACAGGCAGGCCAACAUGGAGAACCACAGUCUGCGCGACGAUCUCGACCAGCUCAACGAGACAGUCAAAGAUGCCGACACCAAGAUCGAGCUGCUGGAGGCCACGCUUCGGGACUCUCAGCGCGAGAUAAGAAGACUGGAGAGUGCCGCGGCCCGGGCGGCCAACCUCGAGCGACAGAUUGCCAUGCUGGAGGAGGAGCAGGCAACCCUCCAAAAGACCAUCGUCCACACCCAGGAGGAGGCACGCACGGCCAUGUUCCGCUGGAGACAGGCGGAGAGGGGUAUCAACGACCUGCAAGACCAGCUGGAACGCAUGGAGAAAGAGGCCAGGGAGGAGCGCGAGCGCCAUGUCGAGGUGCUCAGCCGCAUCGAGCGGCAGCGCGUCAUGGAAAACGAACUCAACACGGCGGCAGGCAGGCUUAAGGGGGCAGCCGCGACGAGGUCAAUGACGGACGGCAAGAAUAAGGGCAACGUGGUGUCGCAUUUCGUCCGCGACAUCCUGCAGGACAACGCCACCCUGCAGCUGGGCAUCUCCGAGUUGCGCGAGAUGUUGAUGAGCUCCAACGACGAGAUACAGUUGCUCCGAGAGCAGCUUUUGUACCACCAGCCAGUCGAUAGCCAGGUCGGCGCCAGUGCCUCGACACCAACACUGCGGGCCGAGCUGGAGCUGAAAGAACCCCCAGCACCUUCGCCUCCAAGGGUGUCACAAGAACUCCACGUGCACCAUCACUACCAUGUUACCCACAAGCCAGAGUCGAAGAAGCCCAAGAAGAAGAGACAAGGACUCACUCCGGGCACUUUCACUCCGCCGCAUAUAUCGGCACCCUCUACGCCUCGCCUCUCGGCCAUGACAUGGCAAAAUCGAGGAGUGCUCGCGGCCGCUUUUGUUCCCCACGCAUCCAAAGACCCGUCCUCGACAUCUUCGAUGCAUGCAAACAAUCGCUGGUCUCUGAUCUCGGAAAGCCCGUCAGAAUUGGCCUCCUCGGCCCCAAGUUCUCCCCGGAACUACAACCGGAACUCAAUGUUUGACAGAGCUCUUAUGGAAAGCUCGCUUCCCACCUCACCAACGACUAGCAUCGACCCCUUGUCGCCCACUUGGAGGGGUUUCCACAGGAAACAAGUGUCAGAGCUAUCUACUAGAAGCAUAUCUGCUGCAGUUGCUCUUCCAGUGGAGCAGGCGCCUUCUAGCAGUGGCGACCAGCCGCCAGCUAGAAAUCCACGACCGCACCCUUUAGCAAAACUGAUCGUGGAUGAUCGCCCAUCUCGAAAUGCUAUUGCAUCAUACACGACCGAUGAUAUCCCUGAUCUAGCACAGACCGCCCCCUCAGCCGACGACACCACAAUCGACACCCCUAGUACUGAUGGCGACGGCCAUGAAGCCCAGUCGCCGACCCUUGAGCCAGAAGACUUUGACCCAAGUCUGGGACGUCGCCCACGCACGCUACACCGCGCGCUCUCCCACGAAUCCAUUAUGUCCCUUUCCAACGGGAUGGACAUACACACGCUUAAAGUCCGGCCUAGCCAGCUGACUCUGCGGCCGCUUGGUGUGACUGCUGCCGGCACAAAUGUGAGCGCCAUCACAGCCCGCCCGACUAUCUCAAGGACAAGUACCAGAGGAAGCAAGGGGAGCGUUUUGCUGCGAGACAAUCUGGCUAUGGCUGGCCUAGGGUUGUCCCUGCCAAGCGCGCGAGCCGGCGGGAGAACCGUCUCCGGCCCUGCCGUCCACACGAGAAACUCGAUCGCGACGCGGCAGUCUUCUAGCGCCCUGGGCAGAAUUGUUUCUUGGCGGCCAUGGGGCGGCAACAUAAGCGCCAGCCCGUCACCUGAACCCAGCCCAACCGCUACCCCCAUCCUCAGCACCAUCACAGUCACGCCCGCUCUCGCCAGUCCAAACUCGGCUUCCUUGACGAGUAAAGCGGCCCUGGGGUCACCCCACGACAGCCUUUCGUCAAACGACACGUUCCGGGCGCCGGGCAUCAAUCAGCCUGGCGUGAUCCCGGGCUUUCACGAAUAUUGGGCUGCACACCAACGCCGUGGCCCGUCCAGUAAAGUGACACCCAACGACCUCGACCAUAUUCAAGAAGCGAUGCGCGAAGUGCUCGAGGAUUGAACGGCCGUCGUACGAUGUUGCUGUAAACCAUUCCUGCAUUGCAUAAGCGUGGUGUUGGGGGAUAUAUUGAAGGAGAUCGAACUACUCUACGCACAUCUUUCGUUUGUUUGCUGCGAUACCUUUUC